AGGGCACAGGCUGUGGCGCGGUCGUGUGUGUGUAUGUGUGUGUAUGAAAGAGAGAGAGGGAGAGAGAGAGAGAAUGGGAGGCAGCAUCACCCACCCAGACUGGGAGGAGGGGAGGACAGACAGUGUGCUUGUGCCUCUAACAGACAGACUGAGGUGGAAGGAAAGUGGGGAUGAGAGACAGACGUGAGGGGAGAAGAGGAGCACAAUGAAGGACUACCAUCUACCAUCAUCCAUCCUGGCAACACUGCCAUUUCACCAUCUGCUGAAAGAGUGAGAGAGAGAGAGAGAGAGAGUGAGAGGAGGGACGAAACAAGGAGGCAGCCAAACGGAGGAGAGGAUAGAUGGAGAGGAGCUGCCGGCAGUGACUUUGUGAAUUAAUCGAGCGGAAGAGCGGAUCAGAGGAGAAGCACGUUUUUCGGGGAGUGGACGAAGGGAAAGCUAGGAAGAGGAAGGAGAGGACGAAUGAUCGGACAGGCUGUGGCCGUUUAAACAUUAAUGUGGUUCUUAUGUGAAUACGGAACCUAGCUUUAGGAGAAUCACCGUGGAUUAUCAAUUGCAUGCUUUAUAAACCAAAAAAGGAACUACUUCGGUUUUUGUUUUGUUUUUUUGUUUUGUUUUUUUGCCAUUCAUUAAAACACUUAGGGAAAUCAAUAAGACUCACUUUAUAGAGAACAGUUUAAUUACUUUUUCUUUUCUUUUUUUGGAAAUACAGACUCCCUUUGUGAUUUUCUAUUUUCUUCCCCUAUCCCUCAUGAGCAUAAGAUCUACUCUGCAGGAUGUUAUACAAUCAUUCUAAUCUUUGUUAGCUGCUGCACAGAAUAUUCAGGUUGUUUUUAUGCAAGUUUUCUAAACAUCAGUUGUCUUUUUGAUGUUAAUUCUUGGUGAAAUUCUUGUUUAUACAGUUAUUAGAAAAGAGAUUAUUGUUCUUUGAACACAGUGUCAGUUUUACAUGCCCUAGUCGGAGUCGGUGCGAGCGACGGACGUCGGAUGUCAACAUUGAUUGGGUUUUAUGGCUGGCGCGAUGCCGGCCAAACUUUGAUCAUUUCCUGAACCAUAUUGAUCUUUCUAGGAGUCUGUAGUUUUUCUCCUGUUGGAUGAAAAAAAAAGAGCUCUAAUGUGGAGCCUUUGAUGGAGCUACUAAUUGCUUGCAAUGUGAUUUGACAAAGCGGUUAUCUCUUUGUCUGAAGAUUUCUGCUGUUGUCAGGACUUCUCAGUAUAUAUCCUCUGCAGGCAUCUCUUUUAAUGUCUGUUGCCAUAGCAACGGGCAGCAGCUGCAGACAGAACAAGAUGUAAAGUUGGUUUUUCUUGUCCUAUCUUUUUAAACUGGUGCUGUGCCAUUAGGUAAUUGUAUAUAUUUACUAGAUAAAACAAGAUUAGUCCAUUGUUUGUGUCAGUUUUUAGAGUUUUUGUUUCCCUUCUUCUCCAGUAGACAGUCCUUGUCUUUGCGGAGCUCGGCAAGCUCCGGGAAUCAGGGUUGUUUCAGGUCACCUGUCUCCCCCUCCCAAUUUUCCGUGUUCGUCUUGUACGACUCAUCUCCGUCCAGCCUGUCCCGAUCUCACAUUUAUUAAUGACAACUACCAUUUCCAUCAGUCAAACUGAUGAGCUCUUAUCAGAAAUGACUGGAUGAAUUAGAUUACAGUACUGAUUUCACUUGUACGUAUCACAGCUGCGUGGCCCCAAGGCCACCAAUCACCAGUCAUUAGCUGUGUUUGUGACAGCCUUUUCCUUUUGCUGUUUGUCUCUAGGUGACUCAGGAUUUCUCUUCCUGUAGAGGGUCAUCUCCUCUGCAGUCACCUGACCUACACUGUGUUCGGUGCACUAAAACAUCCCUGGGAAAAGCCAGGGUUAACUCUGCCCAUAGAGCAUUUCAGCAGCUCUCUUUUUUUUAACAGCACCUGAAUUUCUCUCCAGUGUUAGCAAGUCUACUGAGCUUGAAUCCUUUGCCUUUUUAAGUGCUAUUCUUCUUCUCUACGGACUAAGUUCUGGUUUUAUUAGAUGUGUGACAGACCUUUUUGUUUAAUCUGCAUGCUCUUUGACUGUCCAAGUACUGUGAGUGUGUGCGUGUUGUGACUUUUCCAGCCAUACUACUUUACAGCUUUCUGGAGAUCAUCCCAGCCUGUCUUGCAGUUCAUAAGUAUGACUGGAUCCUCCAUGGUGCUUUCUGGCCAAGACCAGAUGGAUGACUAGCUAGAAUUGCUAGACAAUCCCUCUGUGGUGCUAGACUGGUGUAGGCGACUGUUCCUUUGCCAUGCAUUGAGCGCCCACCACAAGCUUGCGGGCUGUCCUUCAGGCAGAGUGAAGUUCUGAAAUCUUAGUGUGAGGAGAAAAAAAUAAUCAACCUUUUUUGCUUGGCAUUACUGAAACGCUGGUGCCACUUUUACAGACUUUUGUAUGUGUUGUGGAAAAGGUGGGUGUAAACCUUCUCCUUUGAGGGAGCAAAGGUCAACAGAUUGUAAGUAUGACUAGUGCCUCAGCAGCACUAAGUUGUAGGCCAGCCAGCCAGCUUGCUGCUGGACUGUAGGUGUAGCUUUGCCUCCUACUGAGGUCAAACUGUGGCUGACUGUUUUAAUUGUGGGGCUGUGGUUUGUGAGAGACUGUUAAUGUAAACAGACUGUUGUUUGCCUUCUAGAUUGGACUAUGCAGACUAUGAGAUGUGAGGUGGUGUCUGUACAGUAGAGAGAGCUUACCUGCUGCUUGAUAAGCCCUGCCUUAGAUAAGGAAGGAAUAUAACUCUUGGCUCGUUCAUAUCAUCUGUGACAGUGUCAAUAUUUUUCUCUCAGGUAAAUAACUCUGUUCUGCGAUUGCUAUUUGAACUAGGCCGUAAUAAAGUUACAGGGUGAGAACAGACGUGCAUAGAGAAAUCAGCCCAACAGCAGUUUUGAUUGAGCAUUUCCAGCUGGGCGAGUGACUACAUGUUGAACACUGGUGAGCCUCCAGCACCAUUCAGGGAACCCUGGGUUGGGAGUUCAAACUUGACCAAUCAGGUCUCAUUACCAUCACAACAAGACCACCGGUAGUCGUCAUCAGCCAAUGACCUACAUUCUCCAGUGUUACAUCACCACCGUGCUACUGCAGUGUGUGUCACUGUACCAGACACAGGCAGCAUCUCAGACUCAAACUACCGCUAUCUAAUGGUGCUCCAGGAAAAAAAAAACAACACCCUAUGUGGCCAGUUUUAGGGAACACACUUGAAACAAGACAGGCUCACUUGUUUUAGCCAUAUCAGGAACAUCAGUCAGGAACAGAUUCAACUCUGCCUGUGCAGUCUUAAGUACUAACUUUUUGUCUUUAGGGUUUCUAUUGGUGUCAAAGGUUACCAUGCCUAGCCUUUAACCAUCUAUAAUCCUAAAGCUAAGGGAAGCAGAAAGACAGGGCUCAAUAUUAUUUUAUUUUUUUUUUUCGACUGAGGGACUGUUAAACAGGACAGCCUGGAGAACGGGCGAGCAGACGAGGGAGGGGGAGAGGGGGAGCGAGAGAUCAUCUGGAAGAGGAGAGAGGAAGUGGUGGCGCGGGAGAGGGCGGAGGCGUUGGAGAGACAGAGGUUGGCGGAGUAUAUUGUGUGGAGGAAGAGAGAGGACUUCCAGGAUAAGAGAGGAGACAGAGAGAAGGGAGGGAAGAGUUCAGAGAAAGGGAAGGAGCCUGCGCCAGAAGUAAUCUGGAAGAGAAGAGAAGAAGAAGAAGAAGAAGCAGGGAGAGAGAGAGCGAGGGCCAUUCAGAGAGGACAUGAAAGCAUUUGGAGGAAGAGAGAAAGGGAGUGAAAAGUAGGCGUUAAAGAAAGUGUGCUGCUACCAAGAGUUGGAGACUAGCCAUACAUCAGACAUGAACCGGCUAGGAGGGGUGUCUAGGAGGGCACGGGUGGAAGGAGGGCAGCUGGGAGGAGACGAGUGGACCCGCCAUGGCUCCUUUGUCAACAAGCCAACCCGUGGCUGGCUGCACUCAGACAAUGUGGUCAGCACCACCGGUGUUUCCUACACUGUACGGUACAUGGGAUGCGUGGAGGUGCUACAAUCAAUGCGGGCGCUGGACUUCAACACCAGAACUCAGGUCACCAGGGAAGCUAUCUCUGUGGUGUGUGAGGCAGUACCCGGUGCCAAAGGAGCCCGCAGGAGAAAGCCUUCUUCUCGCUGUUUAACGUCCAUCCUGGGAAAGAGUAAUUUACAGUUUGCAGGCAUGACAAUCAGCCUCACCAUCUCGACCAGCAGCCUCAAUCUGCUGGCCUCUGACUGCAAACAGAUAAUCGCCAAUCAUCACAUGCAGUCCAUCUCUUUCGCCUCUGGAGGAGACCCAGAUACAGCUGAGUACGUAGCAUAUGUGGCCAAAGAUCCAGUCAACCAGAGAGCAUGUCAUAUCCUGGAGUGUUCAGAGGGUUUAGCCCAGGAAGUCAUCAGCACCAUUGGUCAAGCCUUCGAACUGCGUUUUAAACAGUAUCUAAAAAACCCUCCGAAACUGGUCACACCUCAUGACAGAAUGGCUCCAUUUGAUGGCUCUGCAUGGGAGGAAGAAGAUGAUGAGGCUGCUCCACCUCCUGAUGUCCCGUACUAUAAUAAUUUCCCUGGAAAACAGCCUCCCCCUGCUGGAGUGAUUGACAUGAGGACCCGGCCUGGUGCCACUCUGCCUUAUGGACAGCCGGGUCAGAAUGACAUUCAUAAACAGCCUCUGCCACCCCUACCAGUGGGUGCCAAAGAAGGUGGGCGGGAGAUGUUUGAUGACCCUUCGUACGUCAACGUAGAUAAACCUCGUCUCCCAGCUGCAGCAAACGGAAAUGCUCACAGAGACGCUUUUGACAUGAAGCCACUUGAUGAUGCCCUGGGGGUUUCUGGGCAUGGAGGCCCAAACUCAGUGACAGCAGUGCCCUCUAUGGUGCAGCAGUUACAGUCUGAAAUCUGGUUCCACGGGAGCCUAAGUCGUAAGGAAGCAGAGAAACUGUUGACCCGAGAUGGAGACUUCCUAGUGCGAGAGUCUGGAACCACACCUGGGCAGUACGUCCUCACGGGACAGCAGGGUGGUCAGCCCAAACACCUGCUGCUCGUUGACCCAGAAGGAGUGGUCCGUACAAAAGACCAUCGGUUUUCGAGUGUCAGCCACCUGAUCAGUUACCACAUGGACAACAGACUUCCCAUUGUGUCAGCUGGGAGUGAAGUGUGUCUGCAACAGCCAGUAGAGCGCAGGGCCUGAUCUUACCCACACCAAUGAAAUACACCACCAAAAACAUACACUCCUACUAUUACAUCAGUUCUGCACAACAUACACGACCACACACACACGCUCAUUUCCUUUAAUGCACACAGAAACACUACACCUAACACACAACGAUACAUAUGCACACACAUUGCAAAGAAAGCCAAAAAAAAAAAAAAGAAAAAGUAUCACCAGUUUCUCUGCAAAAUCACUCACUUGCUGCUGUUGCUAUAUUUCCUGUCCAAACUGUGAUCUACGGUUCCUUCGCUGACAUCACCGACUAUCAGGCGCAUUUCUCCAAAGCGGAGAAGCACUGCUGCAAUUUCUCAGCCUACUGUGAACCAGGAAGGAGCCCUUUGCAAAUUACAGAAUGGGGCAGAAAACGAAUGCAAUCUUUUUUUCUUUUUCUUUUUUUUAAGAAAAAAAAAAUCUUUGUGUAAUUAUGAAAGAAAAAUGGAAAUGUAAUACUACAUGGAAUCGUGUACUGAAAUGGCAGAACUGAAGAGUGUGGAAAGGAACAUGAAGGGACAUGAAGGGGGUCUUCAGUACUUCUAAGCAUGUGCUUUUUGUAUUCUUUCUGGAAGGAGGAAAAAAAAAUCCUCCUCAGACUGUUGCUGGAGCAUUUUAGAUAAAACACAAACUGGAUGGCAAGAGUUCUUGUUUCCGAGACUGAACCAGGCUCAAACACAAACUCUCACAGCAAUCCUUAGUAUAAAAUAAUUCGGCUGGAGAAUAUGUGUACAGGUAUACGAGUUUGGUUCUGAUCUCAUCAGAGGGCCACCCCAACCCCAACUUCUCCUCUUUUAAGGACUUUUAAACCCCUGGAGGAAAGCCUGUAUGCAAAUCUAGGACUGCUAUGCCAAUGACCUUCAUAUAUGUAUAUUCUUUUUUGUUUUUUGUAUUUUUGUUAUUAUCUUGGCACUCAUAAAUCAAAGGACACUCUGAGUACGCAAGGAUCAAAUCAGCUGUAUCCUCCCAAUCCCUUUCUAAACGCAGACGUACACACCUUUUACACAACUGAGUCAGCACCACCUGUCAUGCCAAAGAACAUGAACUUGGUUGAAAAGGAAGCAGAAAAGGAAGCCAUGAAUAUUAACAACUCCUAUCGGUCUUGUGCGCUUGCGGCAUCGGAGCAAAUGUAUGUAGAAAGAAAUGUGUUUCGAAAUGCGCCUGUUUUAGAGUGGAGAGGAACGAUUGUGUGCAUGGGGGGCCAAUAAAGGGGAUUUUUUAAAAAUACAUCAAAAUCAACCACAACACAAAAUUCAGUAAGUUUGGAGAAGCUUAGACCAGAUAUUAUUGAGCUAUUGGUUUACAUUAAACACCUUGAUAUGCGUUUGCAUUGACAAUCUAUGUGUUAUAUCUUUUAGAGAGUAUCCUAAUUGAAAAGAGCAGUUAGCGGGAGACCCCUUUGACAAGUGUUGAACAGUCUAAGCAAUGAAUUUCCUUCUGCAAAAACAAUGCAAGUUAUGUCAUGGUAACUGGUUAUGUCAUUUUGAUGUUCCUGUUUUAUUGAAUCGCUUGAGAGAAUAAUGACCGAUUUCCAAACCUUUUAUGCUCCGAAGGUUAGACGGAUAUUGCUAGCAAUGAAAUGUUCAGCCAAAGGUUGCUCCUCGGCGUGCUGUGUUCACAGACUUUCGAGGAUCAGGAGGGAGAAGUUCACAUUAUUGUUUACUGUUUUCCUCCUCCCUCACUUCAUGGUGUAGUUGUUUUUGUUUUUUAUAUAUAUUUAUAUAUAUAUAUAUCUUUUUGAUCGUGCCUUGUUUCUUCAAUGCAGUCAUGUCACUCCAAUGCAGUCACCUUAUGUACUUAAUUCAAAUGUAGUCAGCUACAGGAGAAUCUUACAAAAAAAAGUCUCAGUUUAUCAACAACUUUGCAAAAAUGACACUCCGGUAAAAACAGGCAAACAGAUCCAGUGAUGGCAAUCUCCUCUGAUGCACGUUCUCGCGUUCAGCUUACAGUCACAGAUACUUGAUGUCACCAUGUGGGGGGGGGAGUGGGGGUCGGGGUGGUAUGGGAUCGGGGUUAUUUCCUGAUCAUCUGUAAAUAACAUAAAUUUUUCGACUGAUAAGCUUAAGUGAUGGAUUAUUGUUUCCAUUGUUGUAUAUUUAAUGACUUCUUUGAUAAAUAACACAGAGCCAGAAACCACAGCGCAGAGGUAGCUCAUGUAGAAUUUGAACAUGUCGAAGAGAGUGAAGCCAAAAUUUUAAAAUUAGAGAAGGGAUUUUUUUUUUCCAGCCUAAACCUUAACUAUCUGUUAGUCAUUAGACUUUGAAGUGGGCUGAAUUGUUGUAGAACAUGUAUGCACACACACACACACACACACACACACACACACACACACACACACAUACCCGAGUGACCACCGGGUCAGUCUGCAUGUUCAGCUUUAUGCAGGUCAGAAAUAGGAAAACCGCAGAGUAGUUGCCAUUACUGUGCGUGCCUGUUGUAUGUGUGUGUGUGUGGGCUGGAACAGGCUUACUUGAUGCUCGUUAUCGUAAGUGAACUGGUUCUGUGUUAUCAUUGUGCAUCACAGUUGCCUUUGUUGCAUGAAAAUCCUUUCAGAAAAUUAGUUGUCUAUUGUUGGUGAUGGUGAUAGUAUUGAUGAUGCUGUUGUACUUUUUAGUUUGUGUUUUUAAAAAGCCAAAGGUUCCUUUUGAAAUAGUGUGCACAGAUAAUGAUUUUUAUUACUUUAUAUGUUUCUGUUUUAAUACUUUUUGUCUUGUUUUGUUUUUAGGGAAACGUGUCUGUUUACACCUGUAUUGGAAAAUUAUAGAUUGCAUAUAUAAAUACAUAUAUCACUUA